UUCUCCACAGCAUAAUAAAUGUUUAGCCAACAAAAAAACGGCUCCAUUUUUGCUUUAAAUUGUUCACUCUUCUCAUGCGCCACUAACAACACCAUCAUUGUCCUAUGUUCAAUCAAGGUUCAUUCAACCAUUCAACUACAAAACCAAAAGACAUUAAAAAAACACUAAUAACAAUUUAAACAAACACAGGCACACAAGUAAUGCUUCUCAAAUGUUUCGUUCUUCCCUCCUCAAACCCACUUUCCCCUCACGAACCUUCCACUCAUCUCUCCCCCUUCAAUGGAAGCUUCGCGAAGAAACCACCAACCUCCCCCAACCCCAACUCAUCGACCGCAUCUCCCGCCUCUUAAUCCUCAACCGUCCCCACUCCCUCCAAAACCUCACCUUCAAAUUCUCCGACAACCUCACCGACUCCCUCCUCCGCCGCCUCCGCCACAACCCCUCCGCCUGCCUCUCUUUCUUCACCCUCGCAACUAAUCACUCCCAUUACCGUCCUAAUUCCCUAUCAUACUCCAUCCUCCUCCAUAUCCUCGCUCGCGCUCGCAUGUUUACAGAAACCACCUCUCUUCUUAACCAACUCCUUGAUCUUCAUUGUACUAACAACUACCGUGCUUAUGCGGUUUGCAACCAUGUGUUUGCCGUUUAUAAAGAGUUUGGAUUUUCUCUUGUAGUUUUUGAUAUGUUGCUUAGGGCGUUUGCGGAGAAAGGGAUGACGAAACAUGCACUCUAUGUGUUCGAUGAAAUGACAAGGCUUGGGAGAGUGCCUGGUUUACGGUCUUGCAGUUUCUUGUUGGCUAAGUUAGUUAGUAAGGGAGAGGGGAGUACUGCGGUUAUGGUUUUUGAUCAGGUUGUGAGGAUUGGGAUUGUGCCGGAUGUUUAUAUGUGUAGUAUUGUUGUGAACGCGCAUUGUAAGGUUGGGAGAGUGGAUGUUGCGAUGGGGUUUUUGGAGGAGAUGGUGAAAGAGGGAUUGGAGGUUAAUGUUGUUGCGUACAAUGGUUUGAUUAAUGGGUGUGUUAGAAAAGAUGAUUUUGAAGGAGUUGAGAGGGUGUUGAGAUUGAUGUCCGAGAGAGGGGUUUCGCGGAAUGUGGCUACUUGUACUAUGUUGAUGAGGGGUUAUUGUAAGAAGGGGAAGAUGGAUGAGGCGGAGAAGUUGAUGAGGGAAGUGGAGGAGGAUGAGUUGUUGGUUGUUGAUGAGCGGGUUUAUGGUGUGCUGGUGGAUGGUUAUUGUGAAAUGGGGAGAAUGGAGGAUGCUGUUAGGAUUCGAGAUGAGAUGUUGAGGGUUGGAUUGAAGAUGAAUAGGGUUAUAUGUAACACGUUGGUUAGAGGAUAUUGCAAGAGUGGACAGGUUUGUGAAGCUGAGCGAGUGUUUAUGGGGAUGGUAGAUUGGAAUUUGAGGCCGGAUUGUUAUAGCUAUAACACACUGUUGGAUGGAUAUUGUAGAGAAGGGAAAAUGAACAAGGCUUUUAUGCUUUGUGAGGAGAUGUUAGGGGAAGGGAUAACUCCAUCGGUUGUGACGUAUAAUACUGUUAUUAAGGGAUUGGUUCAUGUGGGUUCCUAUGAUGAUGCUUUGCACCUUUGGCGUUUGAUGGUAGACAGAGGUGUGGCUCCGAAUGAGGUCAGCUGUUGUACUAUGCUUGAUUGCCUUUUCAAGAUGGGAGAUUCUAACCGGGCCAUGAUGCUUUGGAAAGAAAUUUUAGGUAGGGGCUUUACUAAGAGCGCAGUUCCAUUCAAUAUAAUGAUUAGUGGUUUGUGUAAAAUGGGGAAAGUGAUUGAAGCAGAGGCUGUUUUUGAUAGGAUGAAGGAACUUGGAUUGUCUCCUGAUGAAAUAACAUAUAGGACUCUGAGCGAUGCAUAUUGCAAAAAUGGAAAUGUUCAGGAAGCUUUAAGAACUAAAGGUGUGAUGGAAAGACAAGAGAUGUUACCUUCCGUUGAAAUGUACAAUUCCCUUAUUAAUGGACUUUUUAAGGUUAGGAAGUCAAAUGAUGUUACAGAUCUACUUGUUGAGAUGCAAACAAGAGGAUUAUCACCAAAUGUUAUUACCUAUGGAACCCUUAUUUCUGGUUGGUGCAAUGAACAGAAAUUGGACAAAUCUUUUAAUUUAUAUUUUGAGAUGAUAGAAAGAGGGUUCACUCCCAACUUGGUAGUCUGUAGCAAAAUUGUUAGCAGCCUCUAUCGGGAUGGUAGAAUCAAUGAAGCUACUGUGAUCCUAGACAAGAUGGUGGAUUUCGAUCUUCUUACAGUUCAUAAUAAAUGUUCUGAUAAUUCCUUCAGAAACGAUACAACUUUAGUAGCUCAGAAAAUUGUUGAUUCGCUUGAUAAAAGUGCUAUAUGUAAUACUCUUCCAAAUAGUAUUGUGUGCAACAUAGCUAUAGAUGGACUUUGCAAGUCAGGAAAACUUGAUGAAGCAAGAAGUGUUCUGUCAGUUUUGAUGUCUAGAGGUUUUCUUCCAGAUAAGUUCACAUAUUGUGCAUUAAUUCAUGCCUGUUCAGCUUCUGGCAAUGUGGACGAAGCUUUCAAGUUAAGGGAUGAGAUGCUGGAGAGAGGUGUUAUUCCAAAUAUUACUACAUACAAUGCAUUAAUAAAUGGUUUGUGCAAAUUAGGAAAUAUUGAUCGAGCACAGAGACUUUUCUAUAAACUUCGUCAAAAGGGGUUGGUUCCUAAUGCUGUCACCUAUAAUACAUUAAUCAGUUGUUACUGUAGAAUUGGUGAUCUUGAUAAAGCCUCUAAAUUGAGAGAGAAGAUGGCAGAAGAAGGAAUUUCUACUCGCAUUCUGCCUUGAACAACGGUUGUUUGGAAGGAGAGGACUAGAAAUUUUUGGAUCAAUUUAUUGAAGCGGGUUUAAUCAGAUUCUUGCCUGAUACCCAUAAACUUUGCUAUAUGCAAAUCUGAACAGGUGACUAAACACUUUGUUACAGCACACCUGCAGCACAGAUUUUGCUAUAUGCAACAAUUUCGUACAAAAUCCACCAUAGAAAAAGUAAUUUCUUCGUAUGAAUUUAUAGAUCGGAAAUGGUCAAAUCCUCCUGCAUAUUCAGCCAUAAGCACCGAUACACCAUACUUGAAAAUUUCAGAGUUUCAUUCGUUGUUAAUGAAGUUAGGCGUGCUUCAUAAACCUUUGCACUUUUGAUUACUGGGAAGCAAAACAUGUUAGAAGGAAAUAUAUCGAAGAGGCUAGAUGGUAUUGAUCAAGCUGUGACAUGCGUUAUAGUUGGAGGCAGAGUAUUUUGGAAGACAUUGUAUCGGUUAGAAAGGGAAAAAUACCUCAUUUCUAGAGAAAGCAUUGUAUUUUGGAAGACAGAAGCGAUAGGUCAAUGACCCUUCAGGCCUUUGCAAUAUCUUGAAGACAUAAAGCAUCUGCAUUCUAGAUUCUUUCUUAAAUGAAGUCAUACGGAAGUGAUACAAAUUCAGGAAACAAACAGGUAGAGCUAUGAUAGAAUUCCGCUAAGUUUAUGGGUGGUUGUUAGAUAAGAAAAAAUAUAAGAACAACUCAUCCAUCAUAGUCAAUUAGCAACACCAGUGGCCUUCCACUCAUGAAAAUUGCAUGACAUGAGUUCGAAUAUGAGAAUCCUCCAUUGGCGGGAAAUUGUAUCUACGUUGUAAAUUAUCACUGUGAUUGGCGAUUUCUUUAACCUUAGAGUGGGAAGAACUUCCCUCACCUUAAUCUUUUUUUUUCUUUUCCAAAA